CUCUAUGAAUAUGCCCUUAGUAUUGAUUGAGCUAACACUCGGGCUAAAGGCCAUCAAUUACUGGGAAAGCAGCAAAGCGGUUGGCGAUUAACGAUGACGCAACCAUCUAGAUCUCCAAGGCCAGAAUUGACCAAAUGAUUCACACUUCGCAUUCAGGCAACAAAUACUCCAAUAAUGCGAUCCUCCAGAACGAGAUGGCACUUUGAAAGCAACAGGUUUCACAGAUCCUAACCUAACUUGAUCGUGCUUGAACCACCUUGCUAGUAUUUCAGAGCAUUACAAUCGCAGUCUUCCAUGCAGCAAACAAUGGGCGGGUUUGAUGCAUUGAGAACUGAUGAAGGGACAAUUUGUCUUUUCCUAACUAUUGGCAACACAGUCUCAAGUGAUGGAUAUCAUGAAUAGGUCCGGCUUGACUCGAAACGUUGCCGCGAGGCUUCGUCAAUCGGCCGACGAAAACAAGAUUGGCCUUGAGAUCCUCUUCUCCACUGUGUGGGCCAUAGCCCUCCGUGAUACACAUACCGCGGUUGGCAAACCGAAGGCGUCGGUCAAGUCCCUGUUUGGAUUUGAAAAUUGGCAGAUCUCUCCCUCUAUGCUAGAAGGAGCUGCCUCGUUCAACACGGCCAUUUUCAUAGUUUAAGGGGAUAAUGUGUCACUCUGAGAUCCUGCCUCAAACAUACGCAAAUUACGUGGCGACUAGGACAGCGCAAGGCAUCUUAUCUUUCACGAGCAACCCCGGUCAGCUCAUUAAGGAAGUCGAUCGGGCUUGUCCACUUCAAAUUGACCGGACUAUCUCAUGGCAGUGUUUGACCUCCGACAUCAUUAGCUUUUCAGCUCUUAGCUCAGCGAUCGAUUCGACGACCUGAUGCGGCAAGCCAACGGGUGUCAUAGUCGAACACAUGGUUUAUUGCUCCGGCGCCCAUGUGCACAAUCCAGCCCACAUGGUUAGCCGGUCUUCCAGGGAUAUUGCACUUUGCUUGGUGUGUGUUUGACAUUUAGCAUUAUGGAAGCCCUCAGCACUUUGAUGGGUAUCAUGCUUUCCAACUUGGAGGCCUUUUCAUCCAGCAGAGCUUGCCAACUCGUUCAAACCCGACAUCAUUCCAGUCCUGG